AAUGUUGUGAUCUGCUUAUUGCAAGAUCACUACCAUUAUGGAACAAAGAAGGUUUCCGGAAAUGUUUUGCCGGAUUACCCAUCGAAAUAGAAGAAGGAGGCUUCAUCACGCCGUACACAAUUACAGUGAAUACGAGCAACAUCAAAAAUUUCGCAAGAAAUGCAAAAAGGGGCAGUAAAUUCGCAAUCAUCAAUCGGAAGCUCAAUUUGAACGCACAAGACUGUGCCACUGUGACAGGGCCGGACUGGCGGAAGACUUUGGGCGACUUUAGUCAUUGGCAUUAUACGAAAGGCAUCUCCGUUCCUAAAACCAGUCGGUUGUCAACACGAA